AUGAGGGACAUGGCUUCUGCUGGACUGCCUCCGCCGCCCUUGGGAAUUGAUCUCUCCCAAGAUAAACGACCUUUGAUUGUGGCGAUUUCAGUAACGACGUGGAUUCUGGCAUUCACUAUGGUGGCGUGUCGAAUUGUAGGACGACGUCUGAGGGGACUUCGAUUAUGGCUCGAUGACUGGUUUAUUGUUGCAGCUUUGCCACCAUCAUUGGGUCAUGUUCUCGGCAUGGCGGUAUACGCUGUCAGUCAUGGACUCGGAAGACACCUCUGGGCGGCAAAGUCUGAUUGCCUGUACGCCUGGGCGCUCGGGUUGUUUAUCGCCGAAAUCUGCUACGCCCUCACAUUAGUAUUUGUCGAACUAUCCAUCCUGUCAUUUUUCUGGCGAUCAUUUUCUGUCUGCAGCUCGAUCCAAUGGCCGAUUCUCAUUCUCGCAUCCAUAUGCCUUCCUACUCACUCAAUUUGGGAACGUUUCAAUCCCGCCAGUUCCAUGAGCGCCAACAACUACACUUGCGACGUGGAUCCCGCCAAGUUCCUUUAUGCAAACGCGAUUCCAACCAUUGUGACCGACUUGGUGAUGGUGAUGCUCCCGGUGCCUUAUGUAUGGGGGCUUCAGUUGCCGCGCAUCCAGAAAAUUGCUCUGGGUUGUGUCUUUCUGGCUGGAGGAUUCGUCACAAUUGUUUCGAUCGUACGAUUUUACUAUCUCUUAUCGCUGGAUCUGGAAGACCCUGAUAUCACGUGGAACUUUGUCACAGUAGGUAUCUGGUCCUUUGUUGAAGGCAACACCGCCAUUGUAUGCGCCUGUCUGCCUUUUCUUAGGCCCGUUAUCAAUAAAAUCUCGUCUGUUAAUCCAUUCAUUUUGGCCUCGGUUCCAUUGAACGGUAUUCAACAAUGCGAAAACUCUAGCCGCAGCUUUAACCAGACGAACGUCUUCCCGACUUGGGGCUUCAAUAAAAGUCACGGCGCUUCAACCACCCCAAUGCAGUCACAGAGCCAUGACGAACUCGAUCAUGAUGAGCACCCAUUUGCUCAUCUUGCAGAUGGUGCGCCCGAAACUGAUACGCCAGCAAGACAUCUUGGCAGGGAGUUUGCCGAUUUGGAAGCCGUUGUCGCAUCCCCCUCGUCAAGGUAUAUUCCCAUCACAAGAACCGUUGGACAACAGCGUCAAGAAAUGUCUUGA